UUCACGAAAAAUCGAUUCUCGGCAUUUUUACCGCAAGCUGACCUGUAGCUCUAAUGGAUAUCUACUCCUCUACUUUAUCGCCAGCUCUGGACAUCGGCACAGGCUGCUACCUGCUGAUCGUGGCCGUGCUCUCCAUCGUGGGAAACCUGCUGGUCCUCGUCAUGGCCUUCAAGAGGUCGUCCAGGAUGAAGCCGCCGGAGCUGCUGAGCGUCAACCUGGCGGUGACGGACCUGGGAGCAGCCGUCACCAUGUACCCUCUGUCCGUGGCGUCCGCCUGGAGCCACCGCUGGCUGGGGGGAGACGCCGUCUGUCUCUACUACGGCCUGGCCGGGUUCUUCUUUGGGGUCGCCAGCAUCAUGAACUUGACCGUGCUGGCCAUCGUGCGCUUCGUCGUGUCGCUCAACCUGCAGUCUCCGAAGGAGAAAAUCAGCUGGAAGAUGGUGAAGCUGCUGUGCAUGUGGACCUGGCUGUACGCCCUGGUCUGGGCCCUGUUCCCCGUCCUGGGCUGGGGCCGCUACGGGCCCGAGCCCUUCGGCCUGUCCUGCUCGCUCGCCUGGGGGCAGAUGAAGCACGAGGGCUUCUCCUUCGUCAUCUCCAUGUUCUCCUUCAACCUGCUCAUGCCCACGGUCAUCAUCGUCUGCUGCUACUUCGGCAUCGCCAUCAAGCUCUAUCUGACCUACAAAAGGUCGAUGAAUAACUGCAACAGGAUCCCCAACAUUCUGAAGCUCCAUCGGAGGCUGUUUAUAAUUGCGGUUUUGAUCAGCACGGGCUUCAUCGGCUGCUGGUCGCCGUACGGCCUGGUGAGCCUGUGGUCGGUUUUCCACGACAGCAGCUCCAUCCCGCCCGAGGUCAGCCUGCUGCCGUGCAUGUUCGCCAAGAGCUCCACGGUGUACAACCCCAUGAUCUACUACUUCUUCAGCCAGAGCUUCAAGCGGGAGGUGAACCUGCUGCCGUGGGUGUGUCUCAAUACGUUCUCCUGCCACGUCUCCAACGGCGUCACUGACAAUGGGAUUUACGCGGUCAGCGCCAACGUGGAGCCCAAGGUGCCGGCUCGCUCCACCACGCUGGACGAGAUCUCGGACUGCAGGACGGUGACGCUGGAUUCCACGAUGAACGACGGGGACGGGUAA